UAAGAGCACAAAAAAAUGCGUCAUAACUUACACAAAAUUGUCAUACGUCAUCACUUGGUGAAAUCGAAAACAAUUCGAAAUUUCGAAAUCCGAAGAAUCGUGUGUAUCGAAGAAGUCGAUAAUUGAAAAUGGCCAACGUCCAGUUCUUCAAAACUCCUUACGCAAUGUUCAGAAUCUUUGAAUUGCUAUUGUCAAUUAGUGGAAUCGUUACUAUUUCAAAUUCUUUCUACUGCGGUAAUGUUUUCAGAGCAGAGUUCUACGAAUCCGCUUGUAUCGCUGCUGUGAUCUUUAUUGUAAUCUUUGUAAUACUCUAUUUUUUCAAAAUGAUCGAUUAUUUUUCUCAAUAUUUCAACGUGGGAAUAUUGAUGUUUAUAAUCGAUCUCAUUUUUACCGUCGUGUUUGCAAUUUCUGGAGUUUACAUGAUAUUCAGCAUUGUCAAGUGUUCGAAAGUUAGAAUAGCAAGAAUUUUUGCUGCUAUUAUAGCAAUGCUGACUUGUGCCUGUUUCUUUACUUCUUCAUCUUUCGAUUUUCGUUGGUUUCAAGCAAGUCAACCUUUCUGAGGCAUUUUCGUUGUGCACUUGUGCAGAAAACAUACGUUUAUGCAAAAACUGUUCAUUUCUCGUUAUUUUCGUAUUAUAGUAUAUAUCUGAUUAGUUUCAAUUCACUUAAUUUUAAUUGUUUAUGCAUCGAUUAUUUAUCAAUAAUUUUAAUGACAUCUUAUAAAUAAAAUAUAAUCUUGAAUAUUUAGUUUCACAUUAAUAUGUGUAACAUCUAAUACUUAUAUUUCCAUAAAUAAAAUAUUUUGUUAAAUGCUUAUACAGUAGAGCAUCGAUUAUCCGACUCAAUUGGGGACUCAGGUUGGUCGGAUAACUGAAAAAUCGGAUAAGCGAAA